AUGUUGUCACGGACCUCCUACCUUCUGUGCCUCCUCUUGGCUGCUUGUGCCCACGCGGCCAAGCCCCUUGGGCUCGAGGUUUGCGGAGCCUCGUGUUACUACACCUUGGCCAAGACCAAAUUCGCUUCUGAUAACGUAACGGAGCAGACGCUUUGCACACACCCCCUGCGUGUCACUUCAACAUACCUGUGUCUAUGGGAGCAUUGUGAGGAGAAGGACUUGGUUCCAGGUAUCAACUGGUGGGCUGAAACAUGCAAGAAGUCUGCCAAGGUGGUCAAUCUCGAUGCGUAUAGAAGCACCGUCGCCAAUGUGACGCAAGAGUACAUUGAUAGCCUCCCCACUGUCGAGCAGACACAAAAGACUGUUGUGGACGUUGUGUCGAUGCCAUCGCAGGCAAACUGGGACAUCUCUCAUCGAACUGUCAACACUUACUACACCAACAUUGUAUACCACCAGAAACUACGAUGGAUCCCAUACGGUUACUGGGGAUUGGUGCUGGCUCUGGCCACAAUCAGCCACGCUAUCGCACUACUUCCAGUGAAACGCUCCAGUCAACCAGUACGAAAGAAUAAUGCGCCGGCAAAAUUUAAGGGCUGGUUCCAUCGCAACCUUAUGAUGGCCCCUACAUUCUCGUACCACCAUCAUCAGCCCUUGGGAUGGUUCACCGUUCCUCUCCGUCUGCAAUCCUUGGUCAUUGCUGGCUACAUCAUUACGCAAAUUUUCAUGCUGGCUUUCCACUACCCUGUCUUCACUGCCAUCAGCUAUAAAACUGUUCCAGGACAGGUCUGCCGAAUUCUCGCUGAUCGACUCGGUAUCUUCAUGACGGCUGAGCUGCCAUUCAUCUUUCUUUUCAGUGGAAGAGCCAACAUCCUCAUCUACGCCACGGGAUGGAGCUACAGGACAUUUAGCAUCUUUCAUCGCUGGCUGGCCCUGAUCCUCACUAUCGAAGGCAUCUGCCACGGUAUUAUUUUCUCAGCCUACUAUGUCAACGAACAAGGAUGGGAUGGAUACCAUGAGGAGCUGCGUACUGAUCCUACUUUCCGUUAUGGACUUCUUAUGGUUAUCUCAUUGAGUCUUGGCGCAGCUUUUGCUUUUGCUCCUCUUCGUAGCCGAAUCUAUGAGUUUUUCAAGGCUGCCCAUGCUUCCCUGGCAGCUGUCUUCCUUGCUGCUCUGUUUUACCACAUCAAGGAUCAGUUCAAAGGCAUGUAUAAAGUCUGGGUAUGGGCUUGUGUUGGCUUGUGGGCUGGCGACCAUUUCCUCCGCAUGCUGCGUGUCAUUGCCAUGAACUACAAGACCUUCCUCGGACAAGGUUCUCUUGCAUUGGCCAGCUAUAGCGAAGAGACUGGCAUGAUCCGUCUACAGGUCAAGCCUUCAAUCAACGCCGCUCACCAAACUCCGGGAACUUACUACUUCGUAUACUUCCCCAGUUUGCACUUCUGGGAGUCUCACCCCUUCACUCUGGCUGGAAGAUCUAAACAAAUCGAUGAUAUCCCGUCAUACGGAAGCAGCAGCGACCAACCCAGCGACAAGGAGGCUGGCACACGGUCUCCUCGUGUUACAGAGCUGAGCUCUGAGCCGGGUGACUCAUACAUGACCUUCAUGAUUCGUCCUCGCGAUGGAAUGACUCGAAGACUGCGAGACAGAUUGAUUAGCAAGAGCGAAUCUGGCCCUCUUCGCGUUAGAACCUUCCUUGAAGGCCCCUACGGUACGCCUGCUCGUCUUGAUCACUUUGACGAGGUUCUUUUCAUUGCUGGUGGUAGUGGCAUCACCACAGUGCUGCCCUAUCUCCGCCAGUUCUUUGAGGACCAGAAGGAAUCACAAACGCCUCCCAAGGUUCGUUUGGCAUGGAUCGUGCGAGACGAGGGUUUCGUUCGAGAUGUACUUGCCAACGAUCUUCGCGCCACUGAAGGGUCUGCGCUGGCAGCAUCAAGGCUUAACAUGGAAUUCUACAUCACGUCAGACUCUCCCAACGCCACACCCAAGACAGAAGAGGCUGGAAACAGCAUCGCCGAUCCUAGAUUCAAGAAAUCACGACCUGACAUCCACGCCGUGGUUGACACCUUUGUCACUAGCUCCCAAGGCAAGACAGCCGUCUUUGUCUGCGGUCCGGCAGAAAUUGCCGACACAACGCGGCAGGCCGUGAUUAGACACACGCACAAGGAUCACAUUGAUGUUGAACUAUUUGAGGAAAUGUUUGUUUGGUAA